AUGGGCAACUUUAAAAUACGCAUUUGCCAAGACCUUGAUGGCCGAGCUCACUCUAUAUCUUCGACUACUUCUUACCGCAAUCUUGGUGAUACAGUUAUCCGUGGUCUCUUUACUCAUUCACCACAUCUAGCUGUGGUAGAAAUUAUAUUUGAUGCAGAAAGAACCUUCCAUAUUAUUCUCCAAGAUAAUAUAGAUAUCCCCUCGAUCUGCUCUAAGCUGCCUGGCAAUAUUGCUAGAUGCUGGGCUAGAUACCUCAACGAAAGAGAUUUACAUCGGCCAAAGGGACGUCAAGCAUCUCGUGGAACACUUCCAGACCCUACUCAGGGGACUGUGGACAAGACACCAUACGAAACCCUUCGUCCUGGAGUUGCUAUCUCUAGCCCAAUUGCAGCUAACCACAGCCAGUCGCUAGUAACGACUUCCGGGGUUAUGGUACAGAAUUUUGCAGGCGACCGUUUUAUGACAGCGGCAUCACAUGGCAUCGGACGCAGCCGGCGACUUUUCCAGGCUCAACCAGUUGGAGAUCCAAAGGAGAUUGGUGAGGCCGUUGUUGAAAUAAGCUUCACAGAUGUUGCACUCGUCCAGUUGAACAAUGGCAUUAACUUCGAGAAUACCCCAUUCGAUCAAGAGGGUGAGGAUAUUCCAAAUUUCACUAGACUCCUAGGUGAGGUAGCAGAUGAUCGAAUCGAUAUGAGUCUCGAGGUUACGCUCAACAGUCCAUUUACAGGCGUCAUAGCAGGCGUUGUAAUUGCUCUGAGCUUCAAGCUAACGUCUGUACCUCCUGUUCACCCAACCGAAGAUGCACUGAGUUACAAUAUCUUUAUGUGGUCUUGGGCUGGCCAGAACACACUAGGUACCCAACCAAGGGUCCCCGAUAGUGUCUGUGGAUCCGCAAUUUGGGAUAGCAAUGGGCGUAUCAUAGGCUUUUUUCACUUUUAUGUCGAAGAAGGACCAUGGGCUGGAUACUGCGCAUCAAUUUCUGCAGAUGAGGUAGUAAGAGCCGGCUACCGCCUUGCUUAG